GGUGUGGGAUGGCCGCGGCCGCGCAUGCGCAGCGCGGGCCGGGAUGGCGGCGCCGAGGCUGCCUACCCCGCGGUAUCAGCAUGUGGGGCCGCACGGUCCCUUCCGGGAUGUGUACGAGCCGGCCGAGGACACCUUCCUGCUGCUGGAUGCUCUGGAGCAGGACGCGGCCCGCCUAAGGGAAUCUCGAGUCGAGAUCUGCCUUGAAAUAGGAUCUGGAUCUGGUGUGGUUUCAGCAUUUCUAGCAUCUUCCGUUAUUGGAUCCAAUGCAUUAUACAUAUGUACUGAUAUCAACCCACUGGCAGCUUACUGUACACUGGAGACAGCUCUGCUUAACAAUGUUCACCUUCAGCCAGUCAUUACUGACUUGGUCAAAGGACUGUCCCCAAGAUUAAAUGGGAAAGUUGAUCUACUGCUGUUUAAUCCACCAUAUGUGGCAACACCUUCUGAAGAGGUGGAAAGCCACGGAAUAGAGGCAUCGUGGGCUGGUGGCAAAAAGGGAAGAGAAGUGAUGGAUAGAGUUUUUCCAUUAGUACCAGACCUACUUUCACCAGGAGGAUUAUUCUACUUGGUCACAAUUAAAGAAAAUAAUCCAGAUGAAAUUCUGGAAAUGAUGAAGAAACGUGGCUUAGAAGGCAACCGAGUACUUUCCAGGCAAGCAGGACAAGAGAUGCUUACUAUCCUCAAAUUUAGGAAGACUAUCCUUAACCUUCCAGAUACUAGACAUGCAGAAAGUUGAACACAGAGUACUGAAGUUGUCAAAUCAAUUUUUAAGCCAAGAUUUUCACCUUCUUAAGGUGUAUCCUCACUCCCUGAUUACUGCAGUGAAACUGAUCAAGAGUUUGUUUAUUUUUAUUCUGGAUGCUAACCAGCUAUUAUCUGCUGUCAGAGGUACAGCUAUCCUCUGUCUAGCCACAGGACACUUGUGGGGGUACUAUGAAAUACCCUACCUUCUUGCAUUUGCACUUAAGCACUAAAUACUUUUUCCUCUGUAAAUAUUUAUUUGUGUAUUUGUUAUCGUGGCUUAUUACAAUAAUGUACUUACUUGAUUAUAAUUCUUCCUGUUUUAAGAGCUAGUCUAUACCUGUGCUGGGUUUAAAUGAAUACUUGGAAUCAGCAUUACUCAUUUUGAUGUAGUAUCAGGCACAAUUACUGGGUUUGCUAUUACAAGGAAACAGUAUACUUCUGAACAGAAAGCUGGAGCAAGUGUAUCUCAAGAGUCCUCUGAGCUCAAACCACUGAGCCUUUUACUUUAUUUUCUCCUCAGCACUUGGGGGAAAUGGGGAAGUGAGCAGCUGUGUAAUGCUCAGUUGCCCUCUGCACUCAAACCACGACAGUCACCAUUCCCCAGCUUAGAAGACCACUAAAGAGCAACACUGCACUUCAGCAAUUCAAACACAGCUAAUGCAUCCCCCUCUAACUUUUCUGUCAAUUUGUUCUUACGUAGAUAAACAUGAACAAACACAAACACACAGUAGGAGGGUUUAGAGAGAAUAUACAGUCAUGUUAAGGAUGGAACUUUGACAUUUAUACUAUAGACAAGAAAUUCUAGUACUUGAAACUGAGUCUAAAAAGAAAUGCCUUUGGUUGACCAAAGUGUGGCUAGACUUUGCUAAUUCUUACAUUCUGAAUAACUUGUCUAAGGAAUGUCAGAGCUGAGAGACAGAGGAACCGUUAUAUGGCCAUCUGUGAAAUAACAUGUUUCCACAGCUUUCCACUGAAGAAUUUAAGCAAAGUUUUGCUCUCGCAGCUUACCAACCAGUCAAGUCUGAGAAGUCUUAUUUCGAUUUGACUGCUUCCUACUUCUAGAACUUCUUUCACUUGUUGGCAGUUCCUUUGUUAAGCCACACUUUUUUUGUUCAUUUUUCCCUUACAAAACUGUAAGGAGAAGAGAUUUUAUGCUUGGCGAUUUUGGUUUUAUGUAGAAUCAUGGUUUUUGAGGUUAUAAUCAUAGCCGCAGGGCUGUCUGAAUGAACCAAAAUACUGUCAUCCUAGCCCACCUGAGAAGUUUUAUGUUGUUUACCACUUUGGCUAGCAAAGUGAGGUUGCUGAGCAAAAGUCAUAACAUCAAAAGAUGAUCUUAACAUGUAGUCAAAAUAUGUAAUAGAAUCAAACUGCAGGUCUAAUAAAAGGAAGUUUUUAUUAAUAUGUCAAGCUAGAAUUAGUUUUAAAAGAUGUAAUUGAAGAUAAAAAAGGGCACUCACUGGCACAGUAGAUCACAAUGCUCAACAGUGUAUGCAGUUUUAAAUUAUAAAGGAUAGAAUAAUGAAAAUCAGAAGAUCAGAACAGAAAGUGAAAUAAAACAACAUGCUUUCAACAAAAAAAAAAUGGGACUGGACUGUCUUACAAGUGGAUAUUUGGACAAGGAAAUAUAUGCAUCUACCUGAAUAAAUCAAGAGACAAUUCUCCU